UUUUCGAAAAAACUUAUAUACCAUGAAUUAACUCCCAGUAGCUCCCUCGUAAAAUCCCAGUAAGCAUGUCCCAAAACUAAUCUCUCCAUGAUCCACACAAUCGAUGCGGCAUUAAACCUCCUAAUAUCUGACGACUAAAACUUCAUGUACUCCUACGUAUACUUCUCGGUCAUUCAUGCAUGCACACAUUUUGCAUUGGUCACCUAAGUUUGUGAUGCAUGCCGAACGCCUGCAUCCAUCUCUCCCUGACAAGUUGCUAUAACUACUGUACGCGUCGCCUGUGAUGCACCCCCAAACUCAAUCCUUAAACAUCACAAGCUUGAGUGUCUAUUGAUCAAUCCACUUUGGCAUCGACCAUGUCGAUGUCGGCGCUUAUCUCUGCUCUCCGCGGCGCCGGCCGUCAGAAGCUCUCCACCGGCACCAUUGUCACCACCACGCAGGUUACCGGCUCCCACUUGCUCAGAAUCGACGGGUGCACACUGAAGACGACGGCCAACGGCACGCUGGUCAAGUCAGGCACCUUCGGCGUCGGCGGCCACAACUGGCGAAUCAAGUGCUACCCGAACGGCGACAUGGGUUACGACGGCUGGCUCUCCCUCUAUGUCGAGCACGCCAGCCAUAGCAAGACCGGCGACGCAACAGCUUGUAUCUGCAUGAGCAUACUCGACCACGCCGGGAAGCCAUGGCGCACCAAAGGUAACAUCGCAGCCGAAGCCAAUAAAUACUCGAGCUCCAAACACAGCUGGGGCUGGGGAAACUUCGUGGAGACCAAAGACCUGGACAAGGAGAAGCAGUUCAAAGAUGACGGCGUGUCCAUCCUAUGCGACGUCGACGUCCUCGACGUGCACACCACCGACUACCGCGCCGGCCUCACAUCGACAUCCACGGGUACCGUGGUGCCGCCGAGCGAGCUGCACCAGCAGCUCGCAGAUCUCCUGUGGGAGUCCAAGGAGGGAGUGGACGUGGAGAUCGAGGUCAGCGGCGAGACCUUCGCGGCGCACAGGUGGAUGCUCGCCGCGCGGUCGCCCACCUUCAAGGCGGAGCUCGCGCUGACCACCGCGACGACGAGGCUACGCGUCGACGGCAUGGAUGCUGCAGUCUUCAAGGCCAUGCUUCACUUCAUAUACACGGACGCGCUGACCAAGGAGGUAGAGCUGGCAACGAUGGCGAAGCCGCUGCUCGUGGGGGCGGACAGGUACAAGCUCGAGAGGCUGAAGCUGAUCUGCGAGGAGGAGCUGUGCCGCCACAUCGGCGUCCAUUCGGUGGCCGCCAUGCUAGCGCUGGCGGAGCAGCACUGUUGCCGCGUGCUCAAGGAGGCUUGCACGCGGUUCCUCUCCGAGCCCGGUAAUCUGAAAGCAGCCAUGGCGACGCGUGACUUCGAGCAGCUGAAGACGGGUUGCCACCCUGCUCUCAUGGAGCUCGUCAUGAAGCAGUAUAUUGCCGCGACAGAAGCAUAGCAUAGGGCCCCUGUAGCUCCUUGCAGGAUUAGUGCGUUAACUGGGCUCGUAUGAGUUCUCGUCGCUAGCAAGAUGCAUGAUUUCCACUUUUCAAGUUUCAACAGACAUCCAAGUUCUGAAAAGACUAUUAUUAUGUAGACAAGCUUUAAUUCAU